ACACAAAAUAUGGAUUACAUGUCUAUCCUCACGUUCUUAUACUCGCAAUUCUUCAUCACCCCCAAGUAUCCAGAGCAAUCAUGCAAGGGACAAGUCUACAUCGUGACUGGAGCAAAUGUCGGCCUAGGGUUUGAAGCCGCCCGUCAUCUUGUUCGCCUUGGUGCAGACAAGGUCAUACUCGCAUGCAGAAAUCUCGAGAAGGCCGAAGCAGCAGUCAAGGACAUCGAACGGAGUACCCAAAGGACCGGAGUGGCAGAGGUGUGGUCGCUAGAUCUGUCCUCUUUCGAGAGUGUUAAGGAGUUUGCCAAGAAGGUCGAUACCUUGCCUCGCAUUGACGCCAUAGUCGAGAAUGCCGGUAUGUCUUAUCACCUCACUGAGAAGUUCAAGCUGUUUGAGGACAACGAAUCCACAAUCACAGUGAACGUAAUCUCGACCUUCCUUUUGGCACUUCUUGUUCUGCCUGCCCUGAAGCGAUCAUCGCAAAAGCACAACAUCCAACCAAGACUCACAAUCGUGGCCUCCGAAGUCCAUCAUUGGACGGACCUUCCAGAACGAAACAAGGGUGAUUCAAUCUUUGACUCUUUGGCAACGCCCGAGCUUUCCGAGAUGGGCCAACGAUACCCAGUCAGCAAACUCAUGGAUGUCUUCUGUACUCGGGCUUUGGUCGAGAGAACCACAUCAUCGUAUCCGGUUACUAUCAACACCAUGAACCCUGGCUUCUGUUACAGUGAGCUGUCGAGAGAGGUCAACAGUUUUGGCUUCCGUUUAAUGUACAAGCUUCUGGCUAGAACAACCGAAGUGGGCAGCAGGACCCUUGUUGCUGCUGCAACUGCUUCACACGAUACUCAUGGCCAGUACAUGAGCAACUGUAUGGUUGAGGAGCCUUCCAAGUUUGUCAGGAGUGAAGAGGGUAAAAGAACACAGAAGAGGGUCUGGGCGGAAUUGAGUGACAAGCUGGAGGCUAUUCAGCCUGGCAUCCUCAAAAACAUCUGA